AUGUUUUAUGCGGUCAUCUGGAUUUUCUGCGCCACCUUGUUGGCAAUCUUGUUUGGAGGAGUGCGAAAACCGCGCAGAUUUCCGCCAGGACCUCGUUGGUAUCCGAUAGUAGGAAGUGCCCUCCAGGUUUCCCAGCUGCGAUGUCGCCUGGGGAUGUUUUGCAAGGUGAUCGAUGUGUUUGCCAAGCAAUAUGUGAAUCCCUAUGGCUUCUUUGGCCUGAAGAUUGGCAAGGAUAAGGUGGUUAUAGCCUAUACGAACGAGGCGAUUAGUGAAAUGAUGACGAACGAGGAUAUUGACGGGCGACCAGAUGGUAUAUUCUAUCGCCUCAGGACCUUCAAUUCCCGAUUGGGGGUCCUCCUAACCGACGGAGAAAUGUGGGUGGAGCAGCGUCGGUUUAUCCUGCGGCACUUGAAGAACUUCGGCUUUGCCAGAAGCGGCAUGAUGGAUAUCGUCCACAACGAGGCCACCUGUUUGCUGCAGGACCUCAAGGCUCAAGUGGUGAAGUCUGGCGGAAAGCAGGCGCGGAUUGAGAUGCACGAUCUAACGAGUGUCUACGUUUUGAACACCCUCUGGUGCAUGCUGAGCGGUAGGCGGUAUGAACCUGGUUCCCCGGAGAUCACUGAACUACUGGAGACCUUCUUUGAGCUCUUCAAGAACAUCGAUAUGGUGGGUGCUCUGUUCAGUCACUUUCCCCUACUUCGAUUCAUAGCUCCUGACUACUCGGGCUACAAUGGUUUCGUGGAAAGUCAUAGAUCACUAUACUCCUUUAUGAGCAAGGAGAUCGAACUGCAUCGUUUGACUUACAAGAACUACGAUGAGCCCAGAGAUCUGAUGGAUUCGUAUCUGCGCGCCCAGGAGGAGGGAAACGAUGAGAAGGGAAUGUUCAGCGAUGAGAGCCUGCUGGCCAUUUGCUUGGACAUGUUUUUGGCCGGAUCGGAGACGACCAACAAGAGUCUGGGCUUCUGUUUCAUGCACCUGGUGCUGCAGCCGGAGAUCCAGGAGCGUGCCUUCCAGGAAAUCAAGGAGGUUGUGGGCCUGGAGCGCAUACCCGAGUGGUCCAAAGAUCGCUCCAAGUUACCCUACUGCGAGGCCAUCACCUUGGAAGCGGUCCGAAUGUUUAUGCUGCACACUUUUGGCAUUCCACAUCGAGCUGUCUGCGAUACUCGCUUGUCGGGAUAUGAAAUACCCAAGGACACAAUGGUAAUAGCUUGCUUCAGGGGAAUGCUCAUCAACCCAGUGGACUUUCCCGAUCCGGAGGCAUUCGAUCCCGAGCGGUUCCUCUUCGAUGGUCACUUGAAACUACCGGAAGCCUUCAAUCCCUUUGGAUUCGGACGUCAUCGCUGCAUGGGAGAUUUGUUGGGCAGGCAGAAUCUGUUUAUGUUCACGACCACAGUGCUGCAGAACUUUAAAAUGGUCGCCAUUCCUGGUCAGGUGCCGGAGGAGAUUCCCCUCGAAGGAGCCACCGCUGCCGUGAAGCCAUACGACAUCAUGUUGGUAGCUAGAGAGCAACAAUCGAGUUAG